AUGUUCCUCACGUCCCUCCUCUCUCCCUACGCCCUCCUCCUCCCCGUUCUCUACUACAUCCUCCCCUACCUCCGCAAUUGGAGCAUCCGCAACAUCCCCGCGCCCUUCCCCGCACAGUUCACGAAUCUCUGGCUACUAUACCAAGCUCGACGCGGACGCCGCUACCUCGCUGUCGACGCCGCGCACAAGAAGUAUGGAACGCUGGUCAGGAUCCAGCCGAACCAUGUCAGCGUUGCGGAUGCGGACGCGAUCCAUCAGAUUUAUGGUCAUGGGAAUGGGUUUUUGAAGGCCGAGUACUACGACGCCUUCGUCUCCAUCCGCCGCGGGCUCUUCAACACCCGCGACCGAGCGGAGCAUACACGCAAGCGCAAAACAGUCGCCCAUACCUUUUCCGCGAAGUCGGUCGGGCAGUUCGAGCAGUACAUCCAUCACAAUUUGGAGGAGCUGCGGAAACAAUGGGAUCGUCGUGCUGAGACUGCGAAGGGUGGAUACUAUCACAUGGACGCUCUGCACUGGUUCAACUACCUCGCGUUCGAUGUGAUUGGAGAUCUGGCGUUUGGAGCGCCGUUUGGCAUGCUAAAGGAAGGAAGGGAUGUUGCGGAAGUGAGAAAGACGCCGGAUAGUGAGCCGACCUUUGCGCCUGCCAUUGAGGUGCUGAACCGGAGGGGUGAGGUUUCCGGUACGAUUGGCUGCCUCCCCCAACUCAAACCCUACGCCAAGUACCUCCCCGACCCCUUCUUCUCCAAAGGCAUCAAAGCCGUCGAAAACCUCGCCGGCAUGGCUGUCGCCUGCGUAAACGCGCGUCUGCAGAACCCCUCCGACCGCGUCGACCUCCUCGCCCGCCUCAUGGAAGGCCGCGACGAAACCGGCAACAAGCUCGGACGCGAGGAACUCACCGCCGAAGCACUCACCCAGCUCAUCGCCGGCUCGGACACCACCUCCAACACCUCCUGCGCGCUACUAUACCACUGCCUGGCGAACCCCUAUGUGAUCAAGAAACUGCAGGCGGAAUUGGACCAAGCGCUCCCGGAAAUGGACGUCGUGCCGCAGUUCAGCCAAGUCAAAGACCUGCCCUACCUCGACGCCGUCAUCAAAGAAACAAUGCGCAUCCACAGCACCUCUUCGCUCGGUCUGCCCCGCGUCAUCCCCCCAGGUCCCGGCAUCACCCUCAACGGCCACCACUUCCCGCAGGGCGUCGUGCUUAGCGUCCCCGCAUACACGAUCCACCACAGCAAGCAGAUCUGGGGCCCCGACGCCGACCAGUUCCGCCCGGAGCGAUGGGAGAAGAUGACGGAGCAGCAGAAAGCCGCGUUUAUCCCGUUUAGCUACGGGCCGCGGGCAUGUGUGGGGAGAAACGUGGCCGAGAUGGAGUUGGCGCUUAUUGUGAGCACCGUGUUUAGGCGGUAUGAGUUUGAGCUGAGGCAGGGCGAGAUGGAGACGCGGGAGGGGUUUUUGAGGAAACCGUUGGGGUUGGAGGUGGGUAUGAGGGUGAGGACGGCGUAA